CCGCGCAGUCACAACCGGUUCAGACUGGCCGGAGUGCCCCGUAAAGAGGAGAGACCGGGGAAAAACAGUGGGAAUAACUUCCCAGGGUGGAGGAGGAGAGAGAGAAGGUGGAGUCUAGAGCAGGGGGCCGGCCGGCUCCCUCCCUCCAUGUGGCCGCCACCGCCGCGGGGCACGGCGGGGGCAGAGGGCGACGGCUCCUGGGGCAGCACAUAGCGGGACCGAUUGCCCAAUACUCCGGCAAGGGCCGGGCCCGGGAUAAAUAGCCGCCAGCCGGGCCGGGCCGCGGUCCCCACCGCACCACCCGCCCGGCCAGCCCGGGGCUCUGCGCCCUGUGCCGCGCCCCGGAGCCCAUCGCCGAGGCCGGCAACUCAGGAUCUACAGAGAAACAUCUUGUUGACUUUACCUUACAAUGGAAUUUAAAAAGUCACCUGAUGGUGGAUGGGGCUGGGUGAUUGUGCUCGUCUCCUUCUUUGUUCAGUUUUUGUGUUAUGGAUCUCCGUUAGCUGUUGGAGUCUUAUACAUAGAAUGGCUGGACGCCUUUGGGGAGGGGAAAGGAAAAACAGCCUGGGUCGGAUCACUGGCAAGUGGAGUCGGCUUGCUCGCAAGUCCCAUCUGUAGCCUCUGUGUUUCAUCUUUUGGAGCAAGACCUGUGACUAUCUUCAGUGGUUUCAUGGUGGCUGGAGGCCUGAUGUUGAGCAGUUUUGCCCCCAAUAUCUACUUUCUAUUUUUCUCCUAUGGCAUUGUUGUAGGUCUUGGAUGUGGUUUAUUAUACACUGCCACAGUGACCAUUACGUGUGAGUAUUUUGACAGCCGCCGAGGCCUUGCACUUGGCCUGAUUUCAACAGGUUCAAGCGUUGGCCUUUUUAUAUAUGCUGCUUUGCAGAGGUUGCUGAUUGAAUUCUAUGGACUGGAUGGAUGCCUGCUGAUUGUGGGUGCUUUAGCUUUAAAUAUAUUAGCCUGCGGCAGUCUGAUGAGACCUCUCCGGGCUUCUAAUUGCCCUUUGCCUGAAAAAACAGCUCUGGAAAAUGUACCAGGUGGCUAUUCCAUUUACAAUGAAAAAGAAAAGAAUUUUGAAGAAAACAUAAACAUUCUUGAGAAGAGUUACAGUAGUGAGGAAACAUACAAGAGCAGCUUAGCUAAUGGUGACUGGAAACAAGAGAAUAUUCUUCGUAAAAACCAAACUACAGCACACACAAAAGAGACUGAAACAUACAAAAAGAAAGUGGCAGAACAAACUUAUUUUUGCAAACAGCUUGCAAAGAAGAAGUGGCAAUUAUAUAAAAACUACUGUGGAGAAACUGUGACUCUUUUUAAAAACAAAGUCUUCUCAGCACUCUUCAUUGCUAUCUUUCUUUUUGACGUUGGAGGAUUCCCACCUUCAUUACUUAUGGAAGAUGUGGCCAGAAGUUCAAACGUGAAAGAAGAGGAGUUCAUUAUGCCUCUGAUCUCCAUUAUUGGGAUUAUGACAGCAGUUGGUAAACUGUUUUUGGGGAUACUGGCUGACUUCAAGUGGAUUAAUACCUUAUAUCUUUAUGUGGCUACCUUAAUUAGCAUGGGCCUGGCCUUAUGUGCAAUUCCAUUUGCUAAAAGUUAUGUCACGCUGGCAAUACUUUCUGGGAUUCUAGGAUUUCUUACUGGUAAUUGGUCCAUCUUCCCAUAUGUGACCACAAAGACUGUGGGAAUCGAAAAGCUAGCCCAUGCUUAUGGGAUAUUAAUGUUCUUUGCUGGACUUGGAAAUAGCCUCGGACCACCAAUUGUUGGUUGGUUUUAUGACUGGACCCAGACUUAUGAUAUUGCAUUCUAUUUUAGUGGUUUCUGUGUUCUGCUGGGAGGAUUUAUUCUGCUGCUGGCAGCCUUGCCUCCCUGGAAUACAUGCAACAAGCAACUCCCCAAACCAGCGCCAACAACGUUUUUGUACAAAGUUGCCUCAAAUGUUUAAAGAAAUAUUGGAAGACACUACAAGACUGUUUUCUCCUAGAAAGUUUCACUGUGGCUGACUCUGAAUGAAUUUUUUUAAAACAUGUCCCAUUCUUUAUGUACUGUAUACAUCGUCUCUAUCUCCUGUAAUUUUUUUUUGAGAAGUGGGAGUGUCUUGUUUUACUGUAAUUCAUGAAUCCUUAACAUGGCAGAAGUGUUGGCCAGCCUCAGAAGCCUUUCUCUGUGUAAAAGAAAUAUUAUUUCUCUAUAGACUCCAUUAGUUCCAUUGCAAAACAACCAGAAAGGACGUUGCUAUUUUAAAACUGAAGCUAGCCACACAAGGAGAUAUGAGAGAAGUUCUCCGGGGACUAAAUCACUCUCUUCUCUCUGUUAGACUAGGACGCUAAGUAAACAGAGGACUCUAAGCCAGUCAGGAAAUGAAAGUGGUUCCUAAAACAUUAUGAUGAAUUGCAGUGGAGCAAACAGAUCAUUUCUGGAAAAGAUAUUUUAAAUUCCAGUCACCAGUUUUCAUGAUUCUAUUUUACUUACUUUGAUUAAGCACCCAUGUGUUGUUUGGUGCCAUGGAGCAUGAACAGCUUCAAUCUGUAAGGUGUUUUUGAGCAGUAGGCAAUCUCCAAACAGAGCAGUAGUCACUGUGACCCAUCUCCAUGGUUAGCCACUGUCACCUCAUCACCUCGCUCACUUAUGUUGUCAGUGUUCACUCAACUGAUGUUUCCCAGGAAGUGCUGAUUCUACCUGUUUCCAAAUUGGAAAUGCAUAUUUAAACCAUUCCAUUCUGGCACGUGGAAAUAUCCAUUUGCUUUGAGCACAGUGGUGAUGAAUUGUUAAGUCCUUGUAUAGCUUCUCAAUGAAGCUUUUAUUUGCUACUAUCAGAUUUUACCACUCUUAAAUUUUAAUUCAAAAGCAGAACUAAAAAUGUGUGAGUGCAUCUGCAUAUGAGCAUGUGUGUGUGGAUGUGUGUGUGUUAACAUGUGUGUUGUACACAGUCUGGUGGGACAUGGGGAGGGAAAAGGACAACAGAAAUUGAAACCCUGAUCAAAAUUCCCUCAAUCUUAAAAAAAUAUAUAGGAAGGAAAUCAAUGUUUAAUAAAUGGACAUUCUUUUUAAACUUUGUAUCAGAAUCCCCUAUAUAGAUUCUUAAAAGAAAUAUAAUUGUCUGAGAUUUUAAUUCUGUAUGUCUAGGCUAUGUUAAAUCUCUGUUAGAGAUUUUAAUUCUGUAUGUCUAGACUGUGAUUCAAGCAUCUGUAUUUUUAAUGAGCUCUUUAAGUGAUUCCGGUAACAAAGCCUGGACUGUGAAUGACUGUUGAAAGAUUGGUGGACCCUCCCUGGUGGCACAGCAGGUUGGGGUGCUGCACUGCGAAGUGGCCACUUCAGUGUGAGUUCGAC